CAUGGGCUUGUAUGUCUCGAAGAUUCAUCAAUUUUUUUAAAUGCAUGGGUUCAUCGACUCACUUAAAUCUUCAAGAAAGCUGAGACAGAGCCGAUAAUUAUGAACUCGACUGGUGUUUUAACUGAGCGUGCCUCAAACAGUUUGUAUGAAGCUGAAGUCGAAGUUAUCGACGACAACCUCACCACAAAGUUACUACCAGACUCACAGAAUACCGUUUCAGAAUUGAAAGGAAAUGGAAUUAUAGCACCCAGAGAUAGGUACCAUGUAGUCUACUAUAUAAUAGGAUUUCUAGGAAUUGGUACUCUGUUACCAUGGAAUAUGUUCAUUACAGCUAAUGGGUAUUUCAACUACAAAUACAGAGAUACGGAAAAUCACAAUGACACAACUGAAAUGCAGGAAACAUUUGAGAAUUUCUUUUCCUUGGCAGCAAUGUCAUCUAGUAUCGUGAUGUUAUUUCUGAAUGCUGCUUUGAAACAUUUAAUCUCACUAAACAUGCGUGUCUAUACUGGUUUGGUUUUCACUAUGAUUAUGUUUGCGUUCACUGCCACCAUGGUGCUGGUAAACACUGAUGAUUGGCAGUCUAUGUUCUUUGGCAUUACUUUGCUCAGUGUUAUCAUAAUAAAUUUUUCUGCUGCUUUAUUUCAAGGCAGUAUUGUGGGUUUAGCUGGUAUGUUACCACCUCAGUAUAUGCAGGCAUUGAUGAGUGGUAUGGCUGUAGCUGGUAUAUUUGCAUCAUUAGCUAGUAUCAUUUCCAUAUCAGCAAGCUCCAGUCCUAAAGUCAGUGGUUUCAGUUAUUUCUUGUCGGCUGUUGGUGUCAUCUUGUUGUCUAUCAUCUUAUUCACAGUUUUACUGAAAAUGCCAUUUUUAAAAUAUUACAUGAACAAAAAAAAUGAUCUUGGUUGUUCUACUGAAUUUAAUGUGAACGCUAAAAGCAGAAACCAAUCCAAACCACCAUUUACAUUUAUUUUAAAAAAGAUUUGGUUAAUGGCAGCGCUAGUGGUUUUAGUAUUUACAGUCACAUUGACUUGUUUCCCUUCUGUGACAUCAAGGGUAGAUUCUACACGAAGUGACAUUUCAUCGUGGACGAAUUUGUAUUUUACACCAGUGACAUGUUUUUUACUUUUUAACACUUCGGAUUACAUUGGUAGAACUCUAACAAGUUGGAUUCGAUGGCCUGAUGAAUCCGGAAUUGGUCUAACAAUAUUGGUUGUACUUAGAAUUGCAUUUAUACCACUGUUUGCAUUUUGUAAUGCAAUGCCAAGACCUCAUAGAACUCCAGUGCUAUUUGACCAUGAUGCUUAUUUCAUAACCUUUAUGAUACUAUUUGGUAUAUCCAAUGGAUAUCUAGGAACUCUCUGUAUGAUAUAUGGACCAAGGAAAGUAGCAGAUGAACAUAAAGAAACGGCUGGCACAAUGAUGGCAUUCUUUCUAGCAGUUGGCCUUGGUACUGGUGCAGCACUGUCAUUUGCAGUUACAGAGUCAAUCUAAUUUCUUCGAUCUUUCUUUAGUAACUGGAACCUUGUACAUGUGGAGAACUUUGUUUGACUUGCAAUCGUUGUGGUCAAUGGUAACCUAACACAAUUUACAAACAUUGAUUGCCAUUUACAAUUGUGAUAGACAUGGUCUGUUUAUGUCUUUAUUAGUCCAAUUUUUUUAAAGAGGCUUAACUAUAAAAGUGAUUCCCAGCAAGUAGCUCAGGUCAAUGCAGUUGCUUGUCCAUCUGCAGUAUAUAUUACUGCAAAUGUUUUUGUAACCAAAAGAUAAUAAAAUAUCCAAUGUAUAAAUCUUAUA